AUGGACAAGUCACCUCCAGAUAGUUCGAAGAAUUUCGAGCUUCGCGAACAGGACAAAUGGCUUCCAAUAGCCAAUGUAUCACGAAUCAUGAAAAACGCGCUUCCCGAGUCUGCCAAGGUAUCUAAGGAAGCGAAAGAAUGUGUUCAAGAAUGUGUAUCUGAGUUUGUGUCGUUUAUAACAUCAGAAGCAUCUGAAAAAUGCAGCGCUGAGAAGCGUAAGACAGUCAAUGGAGAAGACAUUCUCUUUGCCAUGACUUCACUUGGAUUCGAGAACUAUGCUGAGGUGCUCAAGAUCUACCUUGCCAAGUAUCGUGAAUUCCAAGUACUCAAACAGGAACGAGAGGGUGAUCGCAAGCCAUCUGGAGGCAGCGGUGCUGGAUUAGGCCGUCUUGGUAACGGCGGCAGCAGUGUCAGUGUAGGACUGGACGAAGACGAAGACGAUGAUAUGGAUAGUGGAUCUGGCGGGGUAGUGAUGGAUAAUGCCUCGGAAUCUCUGGCUGCUGACGGUGCUGUUGCCGAGAUGCUGAAUACAGACGGCGAGCACGAUCAAGAACACGCCGAGAUCAAAGUUGAAGGACAAUCAGGUGACGGUUCUGAAGGAGCUGUGGCUACAACUGCUGAUACGUAUACAAACUACGAUGAUAGCACGUACACGACCAAUGACCACGCACCAGCUGCCACCGACGACCCCUCAAUCUACGAGGAUUACGGUCAGUACACAAAUGUAGACAUGAACCAGUUCUAG